AUGGAGUGUGUUUUUAAGGACUCGAAGAGGUGUGGUGCGCAAAGAAGAAAUUCGAAGAUAUUGGAAUUAAGGCUUGUGCAGGGGAGUCUGUUUAAGAAGGUGCUGGAAGCGAUCAAGGACCUGGUGACUGAUGCUAACUUUGACUGCUCGGCCACCAGUUUCACACUCCAGGGCAUGGAUUCCAGCCACGUUGCUCUAAGAGCUCUCCUCCUAAGAUCUGAGGGCUUCUACCUCUACUGUUGCGACCGGAAUCUGUCCAUGGGCAUGAACCUCAACAACAUGUCCAAUAUGCUCAAGUGUGCCGGAAAUGAAGAUAUCAUUACUCUUCAGGCCGAUGAUGGCAGUGACACUAUUACUUUCAUGUUUAAAAGCCCAAAUCAAGAUAAGAUUGCAGGUUAUGAGAUGAAGCUAAUAGACAUAGACAGUGAGCAUCUUGGAAACCCCGAAGCGGAGUACCAAGCCAUUGUCUGUAUGCCUUCAUCUGAGUUCAUCAUGGAUUUCUUAUGGCUUCACGUUCUUGCAGAGAGGAAUACUAUAGGAUAA